AUGGUAAGAAGUUCUUCGUCUUUAUCUUCUGAAUUGGAAAUGAACUCCGACUGUCAGAAUGUGGAUAUUGCACUGGCUCCUAUGGAAGCGUGUAAAGUGCGUAUCCAGACGCAGCCCGGCUAUGCUAACACCCUGAGAGAGUGCGGCCCCAAAAUGCAUGCUGAGGAGGGGCUAAAAGCGUUCUAUAAAGGUCUUUAUCCCUUGUGGCUGAGGCAGAUCCCCUACACCAUGAUGAAGUUUGCCUGUUUCGAGCGAACCGUGGAGACGCUGUACAAGUACAUAGUACCAAAACCGCGCAGUGAGUGCUCCAAACCUGAGCAGCUGGUGGUGACCUUUGUUGCUGGUUAUAUUGCUGGCGUGUUCUGUGCUGUGGUGUCCCAUCCCGCUGACUCUGUGGUGUCCGUACUGAAUAAAGAGAAAGGCAGUUCAGCUGUUGAGGUGCUGAAAAGUCUGGGCCCUGCAGGUGUGUGGAAGGGUCUUUUUGCUCGAAUCAUUAUGAUUGGCACACUGACCGCACUACAGUGGUUCAUCUACGACUCAGUGAAGGUGUACUUCCGUCUGCCCCGUCCACCGCCCCCUGAGAUGCCCGAGUCCCUUAAGAGGAAGAUGGGUCUCCUGGACUGCUAGACUCUACCCUUAUCAACAGUAUCUUGA